ACCGCCCCACAACCGUCCUGUGCCAGACUUCGGCCCCGCUGCAGUCCGUCGUCCUGACGUGUGUCAGCGCCCCUCGCUCCCCAGCCUCUGCCUGGGGACCCUGGCCCCGACAUGGGCGACCUGGAGCUGCUGCUGCCCGGGGAGGCUGAUGUGCUGGUGCGGGGUCUGCGCAGCUUCCCGCUGCGCGAGAUGGGCACUGAAGGGUGAGGCGGCUGGGUCGGACCGAGUCACCGAGGCAGUCCUCGAGUGGGGGAGAGCUUGGGUUUGACGUUGGAGGAAGGGGUUGCCCAGUGCGUAGGGGCCCGGGUGGGAGGCAGAGAUCUCGGAGGCUGAAGCUUGUCGCUGCGGAGCCCCCCUUGCUCCUGAGAAUCAGGCUUCAUUCAGUAGGAUCCAGCCCCGCCCUCACGUAACGGCUCACAUGUGCACCCAAAUGCGCACAUAUCCCGUGUGGGGCAGGUGGAACCGGCAGCACGAGAGCCUGGAGAAGCUCAACAUGCAGGCCAUCCUGGAUGCCAGCGUGAGCCAGAGCGAGCCCAUCCAGGAGCUGCUGGUCACCCACGGGAAGAUCCCGACGCUGGUGGAGGAGCUGAUCACCGUGGAGAUGUGGAAGCAGAAAGUGUUCCCCGUGCUGUGCAAGCUGGAGGACUUCAAGCCCCAGAACACCUUCCCCAUAUACAUGGUGGUACACCACGAGGCCUCCAUCAUCAACCUCCUCGAGACAGUGUUCUUCCACAGGGAGGUGUGCGAGUCGGCAGAAGACACGGUCUUGGACCUGGUGGACUACUGCCACCGCAAACUGGCUCUUCUGGUGGCCCGGGGUGGCCAGACUGGUCUCCGGGAGGAGGAGGGGUCCCAGGGCAGCACCCCCAUGCAGGAGCUGCAGAAGCAGGCAGAGCUGAUGGAGUUUGAGAUCACACUGAAAGCCCUGUCGGUGCUGCGCUACAUCACAGACUGCGUGGACAGCCUCUCACUGAGCACCUUGAGCCGCAUGCUCAGCACGCACAACCUGCCCUGCCUCCUGGUGGAGCUGCUGGAGCACAGUCCUUGGAGCCGAUGGGAAGGCGGCAAGCUGCAGCGAUUUGAGGGCGGCCGUUGGCAUACGGUGGCCCCUUCGGAGCAGCAAAAGCUGAGCAAGCUGGAUGGGCAGGUGUGGAUCGCCCUGUACAACCUGCUGCUGAGCCCUGAGGCCCGGGCCCGCUACUGCCUCACGAGUUUUGCCAAGGGACAGCUUCUCAAGCUUCGGCCCUUUCUCACAGACACCCUCCUGGACCAGCUGCCCAACCUGGCAGACCUGAAGAACUUCCUGGCCCACUUGGCCCUGGUCGAGCCCCAGCCCCCUAAGAAGGACCUGGUGUUAGAACAGAUCCCAGAAAUCUGGGAGCGGCUGAAGCAGCAGAACAAAGGCAUGUGGCAGGCCAUCGCGAAGCACCAGCUGCAACACGUGUUCAGCCCCUCAGAGCACGACCUGCGGCUGCAGGCAGCAAGGUGAGGUCUGCUCAGACCGCGGACCCCUGAACUCCACCCCGGUGUCCCCCACAAACACUGCCAGCCUCACCGGCCCACCUGCCAACAGGGAGUGCCAAGUCAAGCACUGGGAGAAGCAUCGGAAGGUUUGUGUCCUGGCCGGGCAGGGUGACAGAGCCAAGUGAGGGCUGUGCCUGCACGAGGGCCGACCACCCGGGCCAAGGCAACCCACCCCAAGCCUCAUGAUCUCAUCUGGCUCCUGCCGCUGGUGCGCACAGCAGAGAGAUCUGCUGACCCACCCCCACCCCCACUUCCUGCCCCACCCGCGGGUAGGCGGAGGGCGCUGCCUCAGCACACUGGAAGGGAGCCGGAUGUGGGGACCCUCUCCCUGUAGCACAAUAAAGCGGGCCCCCAGGCACACGCCAGUCUUCGUGUUACGCUUUGCGGUCGCGGUCGUCGUUGUCGUCGUGAGCGGGUGUGAAGGAGGGGAGGAGAGAGAGAGAGACAGAGGGCAGGAGCUCUGCGAGAGCG